UCCACCCACUCUAACUCAGCUGAGACAAACAGGAAGCAAAACGUAUUAUUCCUUCUUCCUGAGGAGACACGCACACACACACAGAGAAAUAAACACAAUAAGAAAAACCUCUACACAAAAACAACCACAUCCACUGAGAGAACAACUGCUGGAGGAAACACUGGAAACACUGGAAACACUGGAAUACUGGAAUACCUGAACUUCAACAGGCUGCGGACUGAGCCACGACUCAAAGUGAAAGUAAAUCUUCUUGUACCGACACACCUCGCUGUCCGUUUGCUGGGCUUUCAGUUUUACUGAGAGACAAAAUGUCUUCCAAAUCAGACGAGGAUUUCUCUUGUCCCAUCUGCCAUGAUAUCUACAAAGAUCCUGUCGUCCUGUCAUGCAGCCACAGCUUCUGUAAAGCCUGUCUGCAGAGAUGGUGGAGGGGGAAACAGGACCUUCUGUGCCCGUGCUGUAAGAGUAAAUCGUCAACGGGCAAUCCACCUCGUAACUUGGCUUUGAAGAACCUGUGUGAGGCGUUCUUAAAGGAGAGAGAUCGCAGAGGUUCGGUAAAGUCUGAGGUUCUCUGCAGUCUGCACGCUGAGAAGCUCAGACUCUUCUGUCUGGAUCAUAAGGAGGCCGUGUGUCUCGUCUGCAGAGAUUCAAAGAAACACACCAACCACACAUUCAGACCCAUUGAUGAGGCUGCACAGGAUCACAGAGAGGAGCUGCAGAAACACCUGAAGCCUCUGCAGGAGAAACUGAAGCAGCUCGAACAAGUUAAAGGAAACUGGGACCAAACAGCUCAGCACAUUCAGCUCCAGGCCCGACACACAGAGAAGCAGAUACAGGAGCAGUUUGAGAAGCUUCGCCAGUUUCUAAAGAAGGAAGAGGAGGCCAGGAUCACUGCUCUGAGGGAGGAAGAGCAGCAGAAGAGUCAGAUGAUGAAGGAGAAGAAUGAGGCUCUGAGCAGAGACAUAGCAGCUCUUUCUCACACAGUCAGAGUCACAGAGGAGGAGCUGAGAGCUGAGGACGCAUCAUUCCUGUUCAACUACAAGACUGCAGUGGACAGAGUCCAGCAGCGCCCCCUGCAGGAUGAUCCACAGCUGCUCCCAGGAGCUCUGAUGGACGAGGCCAAACACCUGGGCAACCUGACCUUCAACAUCUGGAACAAGAUGAAGGAGAUGGUCUCCUACACUCAUGUGAUUCUGGAUCCCAACACCGCAGACCCAGAGCUUGUCGUGUCUGGAGAUCUGACCAGUGUGAGAUCUGGAGAGCGGCGCCAGCUUCCGAAAAAUACGGAGAGGACCAAAUUCUCCUGCUCUGCUCUCGGCUGUCAAGGAUUUGACUCAGGGACUCACAGUUGGGACGUUGAAGUCGGAGACAACAAGGACUGGGAGCUGGGCGUGUUGGGAGAGCACAGCCAGAUGAGCAAAAGCCUGCAGGCAGGACUGUGGAGAAUUAUGUUCUUCAAUACGAAGUUGACAGCGUUCUCCACCUCAGGCCCAGAGCAGGAUCUGUCUCUGAAGAAGAAGCUCCAGAGGAUCAGGGUUUGUCUGGACUUCGACGAAGGAGAACUGUCUUUCUAUGAUCUUGACUCCAACACACACAUACACACAUUCAAACACACUUUCACCGACACCCUGUUUCCAUACAUUUACACAGAGAGUCGUCUGGCAGUGAAGAUUUUACCAGUGAAGGUAUCUGUGACCGUGGAACAGCCCAGUUAGAGAUCAUGAUGAAAAUUCUCGAUUGACACAAAUCUUUCUUUUCAUUUGCCAAGAUAUCAUUUUGAUUAUUAUCUUUGGUCGUUUUAUAAAAUUGUGGGUAAUGCUAGAUUUACAAUGUUAUGAAUAAUCUCUGUUCUGUAAAAUGAAAUUACAUAUUUAGAAGUUAAGAAGAAGAAAUCCCUUCCUGUUCUUGCUCGAUGUGACUUUGGAGAGUGGUUGCGACCUCAUGUGAUAAAUGUGGAAGUGACUGAGAGUCACAGCUUCGAUUGUCUGAAUCCACUGCAGCAAGUUGAAGAGUGAGGCUGAAGUGUAGAUCAGUCAAAAAGACUUAGAAAUCAAAAUGAAGCAGGAAACUUUUGAAACAUUACGAAUUCUAAACAGAGUUUGGUGGAUUUUUAACAGCUCUUCUGGUUCAGGAAAGCCGGGGAUUAUGGGUAAUGUCCACAGCUGAGGGGUGUUUCAGUUCGGUGAGUGGGACGACACAGUCAGAGCACGGAGCCCAACAGAGAUAAUUUCCACGUGUGCCUGCAGAGGGCGCUGUUGCUCAGUGAAGGCUACAUAGUGUUGCUUUAAAAAACGGGAUACAGGUUUACUUGGCUCAGAUGCUAAUAAUAACAAUUAGAAAACAUCAUUAGCAUAUUAGCGUCUCAUCUUUAGCUGGAGCUGAGCAUCGCUGUCAUCCCGAGAUGAUGGUUGACAAAGCUGUGAUGUCUUUACAGAUUCUUUGAUUGUGUAUCAUUUAUAUUUGUGAUGUAUAUUCUUUUGACACUGGAUGGUGGGGUUGAUGUGUUUUUGAAUAAAAUGCUUAGAAAUAGGUUGGAAAUUCAGUUGAUGAGGAAAAAGGUGUUUUCAUUUAAUGUCUCCAGUAGAAGGGAAGUACACUUCAAUGUUUUGUGUUAUGUUGUGUUGAAAAUGUGAAUGUCCAAACUGAAAAGUACAAAUCAUUUUGUUUAACAGAAAGUAAAUCUACAACGUGUGCAUUGUGAUUUUUCUCUGAUUGCUCUUUGGAUUAUUGUAAUUGUGGGAUCAAUAAAAAUUAAAUCAAAGGGAUCAAUUCA